AUGUCGAGGCUUACCGUAAUAUUCUUGCUCGUUGGAGCAAUAGUGCCUUUAAUUUCCUCUCAGUGCACACCCAAGACAGCAACACCAUUAUUAAAAAGAGCAGUCUAUGAUUUUACAUUGGGAUUAAUGAGACGAAUUAAUCAAGAAACAGAGAGUCAUUUUGUCACAUCCGCACUGUCGCCAUGGGCGCUUAUUUCGACAAUGUCUCUCGGAGCUGCAAACGACACGCUGAAAGAAAUUCAGAAUGUGCUCAGACUUCACCCACAAAAAUGUUUCAAUAACCUGUUCUUCAAUUUAAUUAACCAAAUUACAAGUAAGCCCAGUAAUCCAGCUGCAGGUAUGUUGGAACGGAGUGCCACGAUAUUCUUCGACGGUUCUCUUAACAUCAAGCCGAAAUUUUUGAAUGAUGUAACUAAUAUUGCAGCGAGUGAUGCCAGGAUUGUGUCUUUCUAUGACAGAACCGUUACGUCUGCUAUAAUCAAUGAACAUGUUAGAAGUGUAACCAAUGAUGCUAUUGACGAAAUAGUGACACCUUCCGAUCUUGAUGAUGUCUAUGUAGUGAUGAUAGAUGCUUUGUACUUCAAAGGAGCUUGGAAGAUACCUUUCCCUUACGAAGAUACAGAAAUAAGUGCUUUCUACAAUAGUAAAGGUCAGCAGAUCGGAGAUGUAUCAUUAAUGUACGUGAGUUCACGUUUCAACACAACUUCUAUUGAUCAAAUUCAGGCGCAAGUUUUGGAACUACCUUAUGGCGAGGAUACUAGAUAUGGGAUGUUGAUCUUCCUGCCUUAUCAGAACGUGACAAUAUCAAGACUGAUUGACUCGUUGAAGAAAAUCAGUAUUAGUUCAAUAUAUAUUUUAUUCGGAAAUCAAGAACCACAGGCGGUAGAUGUACAGAUCCCUAGAUUCAAAAUAAAUACCGAUAUAAACAACUUAAAGGAGUUAUUAAUGGACAUGGGAUUGCAGAAUCUGUUUGACCAAAAUACCGGUAACUUCCCUGGAAUUUCAGAUUAUCCGUUAUAUGUUUCAAACUUUAUUCAGAAAGCGAACAUUGAGGUCACGGAGGAAGGGACAGAGGCCAGUGCGGCUACAGCUGCGUUCUUGGAGUCCAGAAUGUUACCAGAUCAGUUUGUGGCCAAUAAGCCUUUCUUAUUUAUGAUUGUAGACAGACAGUUCCACAUUCCUAUUUUCACCGGUGCUUAUUCAAAACCCAGCAACUUUUGA